AUGGCAGCAGCGACGGUCCUCGACUCGGUAUCUCAGUUUUAUAUACUCUCACCACGAGGAGAUACCAUCAUCACGAGGGACUUUCGAGGCGACAUCGUCAAGGGCACGGCUGAGAUCUUCUUUCGGAAAGCGAAGUUUUGGAAUGGCGGUGAGCCGCCGCCGAUUUUCAACCUAGAUGGGAUAUCCUACAUCUAUGUCAAGCGGUCUGGUCUCUACUUCGUCCUCACGACCCAGUGUAACGUGAGUCCCAUGUGGGCAAUAGAGCUCCUUAACAACAUGAUCAAGGUUAUCAAAGACUACUGCGGGGUUCUCAACGAGGAGUCUCUUCGGAAGAAUUUCGUCUUAGUAUAUGAGAUCCUAGAUGAAAUGAUCGAUUUCGGCAUACCACAAACCACCAACACUGAGGUCCUCAGAAACUGCGUUCAUAACGAGGCUAUUAUGGUUUCGGAUAGUCCUGGUACGGUCACCGGCGGUGGCAUCCUAUCGUCACUGCCAGCCUUCAACACUAGUCGAACUAUGCCUUCUACAGCGGUCCACCGACCAAUCGGCCCGGUAGCUCAGCACGUCCCACAAGCUCCCCCGCAAGUGCCAGUGUCGGCGGCCAACUCCACUAUAGCGGCGGCUCAGAGUGUGGCCUCCUCGGUUAUUUCUACGGCGACUUCAGCAGUUUCUAGUAUGGCUGCUGGACACAUUCCUGGAAAGGCCGUACCGGGAGAUCAGAAAAAUGAAAUAUUCGUGGAUAUUUUAGAGCGACUUACGGUGCUGAUGAACGCACAAGGCCAGGUCUUGAAUAGUAGCAUUGACGGGUCAAUCCAGAUGAAAUCAUACCUUAUGGGAAACCCAGAGUUGCGGUUGGCAUUGAAUGAUGAUCUCGAAAUACUCAGCCAGCCGAGAGAGGCCGCGCCGAUGCCCAAUUAUGGAGGAGGACCACAGCAAGCGGUCGUGCCUGUCGAUGAUUGUACAUUUCAUCCUAGGGUUGACCUCAGCGACUUUGACUCACAGAGGAUUCUCUCGUUCGUCCCACCUGAUGGUGAAUUCAGUGUUAUGAACUACCGCAUAGAUUCGGAGUUCCGUCCGCCCUUCCGGGUCACUCCCUUUGUUGACUCUGUAUCGCAAUACAAGGUCGAGCUCGUGGUGAAGAUUCGCGCUGAGGUGCCCGAGUCCAACUAUGGUGGGAAUAUUCAAAUGACGAUUCCGACGCCGCCUGGGACGGCGUCUGUGAAUUGUGAUACUUCUGCUGUUGGAGGAGCAUUCGUGGGCGCGGGCCCUCGAGGAAUGCAGAAGCCGCCACCUGUACAGCAGAGUGCCGACUUUGUUGAGUCUGAGAGGAAACUGUAUUGGAAUAUAAAGAAGCUCCAGGGAGGGCACGAAUGCACUCUCCGAGCUCGUUUGAAUUUCGCUCAACCCGUGAGCGGAAAACCGCGGAUUGGUCCUCUAGCUCUUACGUUUGAGGUCCCAAUGUACGUAGUGAGCGGCCUUCAAGUGAAAUACCUCCGAAUUGCAGAUCGAUAUCAGAGUAUGCCUUAUGGUUCGGCACAGCCUCCUCAGGGAGCUCAGGGAAAUCCAUACCGAUGGGUCCGCUAUGUGACGCAAAGCCAGAGUUAUAUAAUAAGGAUGGACUGAGUGUUCGAGA